CUUCCCGAGUAUUGUCUGGCUACUAACCAUCUGAAGAAAUGAGAUCAAAUGCAGCAGCAAAGAGAUGAUCUUGAUAACAGCUCCCGUUUUCACUACUUGUUCUCACCUUCUCCUCCGCCAUUCACAUCUUCCUACUCCUCCCCUUCGCCAUGAAUCAACUAGCAAAAUAUUCCGUUUCCGAAGCGUCUCCGCUGUCUCCUCCUCCUCCUCCUCCUCCUCUUCUUUGUUGCCGGCACCUCGUCCGGAUAAGGCGUCGGAGUUGAGGGCUCUGUGGAAGCGAUUCUGGAAAGUGGCGGCGCCUUUCUGGUAUUCAGAGGAUAAAGACCAGGCCAGGCUGCGUCUUGCCGCCGUCUUCGCUCUAACUCUGGCCACCACCGGCAUCAGUGUCGGCUUCAAUUUCCUCGGCCGUGAUUUCUACAAUGCUCUCUCCAACAAGGACCAAGAGCAGUUCACCAAGCAGUUGUUUUAUUACCUCUGUGCUUUUGCCGGCGGAAUUCCGUUCUUUGUGCUGAGAGAUUAUGCAAAAGAGACGCUAUCACUGAGAUGGAGGUCGUGGAUGACCAAAUACUACCUGCAACGCUAUUUGAAAGAUCAAACCUUCUACAAGAUCCAGUCCCAAUCGUUGAUUGACAAUCCUGAUCAGCGCAUUGUUGACGACCUAAGUUCCUUCACUUCCACAGCCUUGUCUUUCUCUCUCACCCUUUUCAGCGCCACCAUCGACCUUAUCUCUUUCAGCAACAUCCUCUUCACCAUCUACCCUCCUCUCUUUCUCGUUCUCUUCCUCUACUCCUUUGGUGGAACUGCCCUCAGUGUCUUUCUUGGCAAGGGAUUAGUGAAUCUCAACUUUCUGCAAGAGAAGAAAGAGGCCGACUUUCGUUACAGCCUUGUACGUGUGAGGGAAAAUGCUGAAUCCAUUGCUUUCUACGGAGGCGAACAGAAUGAAAUGCAGCUUCUACUUCAGCGUUUCAGAAGCGCCUUUGAUAAUUUAACUGAAUUGCUGAUAGCAUCUAGAAACCUAGAGUUCUUCACUGAUGGUUACCGCUACCUCAUUCAGAUUCUUCCAGCUGCUGUUGUUGCCCCAAUGUUUUUCUCUGGCAAAAUUGAGUUUGGUGUUAUUAACCAGUCAGUCUCAGCAUUCAAUCAUAUCUUAGGAGACUUCUCUCUCGUUGUUUAUCAGUUUCAAGCUAUCAGCGCUUUUUCAGCUGUCAUUGACCGACUAGGUGAAUUUGAUGAUCUCUUGGAUAAUAACAUCACCAGAGAUCCCUCUCACACCAUGGACGAGAUUGAGCUGACGUAUCAGAGUUCUUCUUUGCUAGAUUCCAAUGGUUCAGUCGAGUCUCGACAGAACCAAAAGCUUUUGGAGAUCGAGGAGCUCACUCUUCAGACACCAACAAAUGGAACCACAUUAGUUCACAACUUAACUGCAGAUAUAUAUGACAAGGAUCAUCUACUGAUAAUGGGUCCUAGUGGGAGUGGUAAAACUUCUCUCCUAAGAGCAAUGGCUGGUCUUUGGAGGUCAGGGAAAGGAAGAAUCACCUUCUACCUCAAUCCUCAAGAUGAUUUUACACAGAUGAAAUAUGAGAGCCAGGAAAAUUCAGUGAAAACAAGUUCGGGAGAGGUGUUAUUCCUUCCACAAAGGCCUUAUAUGGUUCUAGGAUCUCUGCGUCAGCAAUUGCUUUACCCUACCUGGAGUACUACUGUGGAGCCAACACCUGGUGGCACAAAUGCAUUGAUUGUGUCAGGUGCCUCGGCUCUCAUGAAAAAAGAUGAUGGAGUUGAAGAGGGUUAUAAGCCGACAACAGAUGAUCUGAUGCGGACUCUAGAAAAUGUUCGUCUUGGACAUAUAGUGGAUCGCUUUGGUGGUCUUGAUUCGUUACAUGAGUGGUCCAGUGUGCUCUCACUUGGAGAGCAGCAGCGCCUCGCCUUUGCGCGGUUAUUGCUGUGUCAGCCAAAGCUAGCUCUCCUGGAUGAAUCCACUAGUGCUUUGGACGAAGCCAAUGAGGCACACCUCUACCAGCAAAUCCAGUCAGCUGGGAUUACUUACAUAAGCAUUGGCCACCGGCAGACGUUAACCAAGUUCCAUAACAAGAUCUUACACAUCGCAACGGCAGAUCCUAAAAGCAUAGAACGCAACUGGAGAAUAGAGGAAAAUUCUUUGCACGGUCCAUUGAAUCAAUAAGAGGUGCGGAGUGAAAGACGAUCAAAACUGUAUUUUUAAAGAAUCGUACGUGUAGAUGAUCGUAGAGGGCAGUAGUCCCUUUUUGUACAUAAAAGUCUUGAUUGACGUUGUUCACACAAAAGUCAAAACCAAAGAAAGAUGCAAAAUAAAUAGAAAACGAGUUUAUACA